AUGAAAUCUCCAAGCAUUUCUUUAGGGAGGUUUUCAGCCUUUUAUUCGGUUUUGUGCAAUCGAGGGUGUUCGAAUUUUCUUCGUCGUGCAAGUACAGAUGCUAAAACGUUCCCUGGAAACUUCAAGCCAAAUGCAACACGAUCACGUUGGAAGACCAUAAGGAACACACUUUUUGGUGUUACAGGGCUUUCGUUGGCUUACUACGGUUAUCGAGUUCACAGAUUUAAGAACCCUGCUGUGGAACAGCCGGAGGCCGAUCCAGACAAGAAAACGCUCGUCGUUCUGGGUUCAGGUUGGGGUGCUAUUUCAUUGUUACGAACAUUGGAUACAUCGCAGUACAAUGUCAUCGUUGUAUCCCCCAGGAACUACUUUUUGUUUACGUCUCUUUUGCCGAGCACGGCUACUGGCGCUGUUCAGACACGCAGCAUUAUAACUCCUACACGGUACCUCCUUCGUCACAAGUCUAAUAAAGUCAGAUUUAUUCGGUCAGAAUGUACAGACAUCGACCCUUCAAGUAAAGUCCUUAAAAUCCGUUCUGCUGUGACCACGGAUGAUAAACAGAUUGAAGAGGAACUUAAAUACGAUUAUCUUGUCUUUUCUAUCGGAGCCGAUGUCCAGACGUUUGGUAUCCCAGGCGUUCUUGAAAACGGCUGCCAAUUGAAGGAAGUUUGGGAUGCGCAAAAAAUUCGUGCUCAUGUUCUGCGGUGCUUAGAACAAGCCAGUUUGCCCGGUUUGAGUCCUGAAGAAAGGAAGCGUUAUUUACACACAGUUGUCGUUGGCGGAGGUCCUACGGGUAUGGAGUUUUCUGCUGAAAUGGGUGACUUCAUCAGACAUGAUUUAAAGAAGUGGUACCCUGAUUUGGCAGACGAUUUCCAAGUCACCUUGCUGGAAGCUCUUCCCUCUGUCCUUCCCAUGUUCACCGAGAAGGGACGGAUGUACGCUGUAAAGCAUUUUGCCGACUCCGGUAUAAACAUUCAAACACGUACCGCGCUAAAAGAGGCGACGAAAGAAGAGUUGCAUGUUGAAGUCACUGACGAUCAAGGCAAUAAGACCAAAAAGACCAUCCCAUACGGCUUACUUGUUUGGGCUGGAGGAAACAAGCCCCGCCAACUCACUCAAUCUCUCAUCUCCAGUCUUCCGGAACAAACUAAUAGACGCGGUUUAAUGAUUGAUGAUUUCAUGCAAGUGAAGGGCUUGAAGGAUGUCUGGGCUAUUGGAGAUUGUACCACGACUCAAUUCGCAGCUACCGCUCAAGUUGCAGAACAACAAGGCAUUUACUUGGGUCAACAGCUUAACAAACUUGCUCGCCUCACAUUUAAAGACGUUGAAAGUUUGCAGCAAACUCCUGUCAUCCAAAAUCUGAGUGCACAUGGCCUCCCUGCCUUUUACUUCUGGCGUGCGACGUACCUUUCUGAAUUGGAUACGAUUCGCAACCGGACGAACGUUGCGUUUGACUGGAUGCGUAUCAACAUGUUCGGAAGGGAUAUUUCCUCCCUUUAG